AUACAAUAAACCUACCUACAUACAUAGCCUUCGCCCGCCUUGACUCCAACCGGGAGAGCGGCCGCGGCGUCUGUAGGCGCUGCAGAUGAUAUAUUCGCAUGAUGGCUACCGUUUCCCGGACUGCAACUGCCUUGACGACGCCGCCAGCCACAUCCCACGGCAACAAGUUCACGUGGGACAGCGCGUCGGUGCCCGUCCAUUCGGAGAAGCCUGUCAAUCCCCAGAGAUCUUCCAUCAACAAUGAGAACGGCUACCCCUUUGGCCGCCCUGUCCUAGCUUCUCAAAAGAGGAAUUCGACUCUGCUUGCCACUCACAACACACCACCCAUGGACCCGCUCACACACGACCACUAUACCGGGGAUGUCGCCGACGAUGCCAGGUUUACUCGAAGCACCAGGGACGGGGGGAGUCCCGCCGAUAGUUUGUUCGACCCGGAAACCGACGAGAGCAAAUGGAUUCACCGCGACAAGCUCGCCCAGAUUGAGAACGAGGAACUACAGGCUGCGGGUUUCGUCUUGCCGGUAGCGAGAGACAACAGGGCACGGUCGAAAAGCGGAAACCGUUUGAAGAGGGAUCAAAGCCAGGAUAAGCUUAGCGGUCAGGCUAGAUCCAUUGGCGGCGGUGAGCACGUCGGCUCGAGGUCUAGAAAGAACUCGUCGGCCACGCAGGACUGGGACAAGCGCGCCGAUGAUGGUGCUGAGCACGCUGAUUCUACGUCGAACCCCGGCGCCAAAGUAACAUCCCGGAUACCUGUGCCGAGAACCAAGGCUUACCCAACAACGCCAACUGAUGAGAAGGCGGCUGCCUUUGGGCGGAAACGCGAUAGCAGUCCUGAGGAGGAUAAGGAAAAGAUAGCCUAUCCGAAACCACGAGGACGCAGCGGCAGUACAGGGAACGCCCUUACCAAAGCGGCCAAUGGAUCCGACGCUCGGCCUGUAGCUAAGCGGGCCGACACCUCCCCCAUGAAGAGCAAGCCGGCUGCGGGAGCCAAGAAGGUUUCCGGCAAGGCUGCGACUGCCACAACGGCGCGACCGCGAACACGAGGUGCAUCCGCCAAGGAUUCAACAGGUGCUCGGCCAACGACGCGUUCUGGUGACCGAGAACUCUCGCCCACAACGCACAAGCCGAUGGAAGGCGAACCACCCUGGAUGGUUUCGGCAUUCCGCCCCGACCCCCGUCUACCACCAGAGCAACAACUGCUACCAACGGUGGCCAAGCGGUUACAACAGGAGAAGUGGGAGCGGGAGGGCAAGGUUGGCAACGUCUACGACAAGGAGUUUAGGCCACUCACAGACGAAGGCUUCCUCGAGCCACCCGAGCAUCCCAUCGUUGCGCCUGAACAUGAACCGGCGGAGAACGAGAACGAGAAGGAGGAAGAACAUGAGAAGGAAAACGAAAAGGAACAGCCGCAGGCAGACUGGCCCUUAAAACCCGCCGAGCCUCAAUGUCCUCAGAGUCCACCUCCUCCGAGUCUCCAUAGCCUUCAGAGCCCCCGGAGCCCAGCUCCCGUUGGUCGGACCAACUCAUACUCGACAAUGCCCAAGAUUGCGGACAAGCCGAUUCUGACCAAGUCCCCCAGCCCGAAGAACCCCCCACAGCGUCCUCACCCAUCAGAGGUGAUCAGGGUACCAGAGCCUCCCGAGGAUCCGCCUCAGAAGAAGGAGAAGGGAGGAUGCGGAUGCUGUAUAGUUAUGUGAGCGCUAGGCUCCAGAACUUGGGCAUCCAUACUCGCCUGUCCAGUCAACCGACAACUUA